UGGUUUACAUAUAGGUAGGCGACCAAGCACAUAAACCCUAGUUCCCCAAUCGCAAGUCUUCCAAAAUUUUGUGAUUCUUAAAUUUAAAAAAGGGUACAACAAAAUAGGAAACUUGUUGAUGAAGUUAUUGUGAUUCUAUUGUUUGGGGAACAAGAAAACUCUACAAUAAAUAGGAGACUAUAGUUUUUUGAUUUAAUAAUAGUAGUACAAUCACACAAGGUCUCUUCUUCCAUUGUUUCUUAUGAUUUGAAUCAAUGAAGAACCCAAAAUAUAUCCCUAUCUUGUUGAACGGCCACUUAACCUUCUCUCUCCUCUGUGAAAAUCAAGAAAUCCAAGAAAAAAAGAGAGGAGAGAGAUUAUUGUCUGCUUCAGAAGAAGAAGAAGUGGAUCCAAACCUCCACCAAUCUCUCCUCAACUCCGUACUCUCUUCUUCAACUACACUCAAAAUGCUAGGCAUGUUUGCAUCCGAGUCUGAGUCUGAGUCUGAGUCUGAAUCUUCUCCAAUCCAAGAUUUGAAGAUGAAAGAUGUGGACACAUCUUCAUCGUUGCAAUUAGUAUACAAAAACCCGCCAUGCAAGUACCAUGUUGGCGAGUCUUCGUAUACUUUUUGCGUGAUUUGCGAUGAAGCAGCACCAAACAGAGCCUUAGUGGAAAGCAACAAGUGCAAUCACUCAUUUUGCAAAGAGUGUAUUUGCAUCUACAUUGGAGAAAAGAUUCAAGAAAACAUUGGAAAAGUGAAGUGUCCAAAACCCAAAUGCAAGGCUGUUUUAGAACCCUAUUUCUUUAGACAGAUCGUCCCGGAAGAGGUGUUUUGGAGAUGGGUUAAUGCUCUCGCAGAGUCUUCUGUUCUUUAUUGGCAGACAUAUUUGGAUUGCCCUUUUGAGGACUGUGAAGAAAGAUUUGUGGAUGAUGAGAGAGGGUUCAAGAUCAGGGCUUGUCCUAAGUGUUGGAGACUAUUCUGUGUUGUGUGCAAGACUGGUUGGCAUAUGGGGAAGAGUUGUUUGGAGUUUCAGAUGGAGUUAGAGGCUGAGAGAGCGAGGCGGCGACAUCGGAGGAAAAGGAUAGUGUGGCCUGAGUCUGACUAUGGAGAUCUGAAAGUUCUUAUAUUAGAGUAGAUUGAUUGACGAAACAGGUCUCUAUCUCUGUUUAUAUAUACAUUGCAGAGAAUGAAAAAGUUUUUUUUCUUUUA